AGUAGUGUUGGGGCAAUUUGGCAUUUCUCCUCUUAUAAAACCAAGACAAAAGAGAAGGAGACUAUGUUAGAGUGUUGACCUUCGAUUGCAGCAAAAACAUGGCACAUGAGGAGAAGAAACUGAAGCUCUAUUCUUACUGGAGGAGCUCCUGCUCCUGCCGAAUCCGGAUUGCCCUCAACCUCAAAGGUCUGGAGUACCAGUACAUACCCGUUAACUUGCUCAAGGGGGAGCAAUUCAGUCCUGAAUUUCAAAAGCUGAAUCCCAUUGGGUAUGUGCCGGUGCUGGUGGAUGGUGACAUUGUCAUUUCAGACUCUUUUGCCAUUUUCAUGUAUCUGGAGGAGAAAUACCCUCAACAUCCGCUGUUGCCAUCUGAUCUUCAAAAAAAGGCACUCAAUUUCCAGGCUGCAAAUAUUGUUUGCUCAAGCAUACAGCCUCUUCAGAAUCUAGCUGUACUGAAAUACAUUGAGGAAAAAGCAAGUCCAGAUGAGAAAAUUCCUUGGGCAAAACGUCAUAUUGAGAAGGGCUUUGAAGCACUUGAGAAGUUGUUAAAGGACCAUGCUGGAAUAUAUGCAACUGGAGAUGAAGUUUUCAUGGCUGAUCUGUUUCUAGCACCACAGGUUCAUGCUGGGAUUAAAAGAUUCAAUGUUGACAUGGCUAAAUUCCCGCUUUUAUCUAGGUUGAAUGAGGCAUAUAGUGAGCUACCACAUUUCCAAAAUGCUAUGCCAGAGAAUCAACCAGAUAGUCCUUCAGCAUGGGGCACUUGUUAAACUAGUAACUUGAUGAGGUUCCAUGGCAAACUCAUCCACAAAAAGCAUAAAGGGCCACAAAUGAAGCUUAAAGGUAACAGCACCUUUGAGGCAUAAUAUGUACUGAUAAGUUAUGUUGAGGGCUAUGUGUUGUUCCUUCCAUGAUAUGGCCUGAUGAUAAUAAGGAUCAUUUAGUCCAGAAGUUAUUGUAAGAUGCAGAAAUUGACAUGUAUGACAUAUUUAUCUGAAGUUUCAUUUAAGUUCAAUUUGGUGGUUAUGUUCUCUGAUGUCCAGUUUGACAUACGCCAUAUUCAUA